UGUCAAACGAGGAGUCUAAUUUCCAGUUUCCAUCAACAAGAAUGUAAAAUCCGUAAGAUCCGUUACAAAAAUGUUUUUUAUUAAUAUUCAGAAUAAUACUGAAGAGGUGACUUUCAAAAAUUAUAAUAAGAGUCCGGGAUCUCAAAAUUGUAGUUAAUUAUUCAUCACAAAAGCAGCUUUUAAGUAGAUGAUGAAGUGUAACGUGUACUAAUCGAGUGAGCAUGCAAAAUGUCCGGUGGUGGAAAUAAAAAGAAACCGACAAAAGCCCAAGGGUGGGAAGAGGCUGGAUCAGAAUUUUAUCAAGAAAGCUACCCCACAGAUGGAGAAUUUGAUGCUUUACAACGGGACGUAAAUCCGAAACAUCUAGCCACGCUAUUGCCGAGCAAGCAAACUAGAGCAGCUGCAACAAUUAGGCCACGCACAAAUGAUAACAGAACUAUUAGACGACAAACGUCGUCACGAUCUCGAAGAGAUUCUACUGUUCAUCGAAGAGCAUCAACUGCUGCAGAUGUCCAAGUGUCUAUGUUACCUGAUUUGUCGGAGAACUUGUCUAAUGAGCAGACAACAUGGGAGGAAAUUAUGCAGAUUAAGGCAAUGCCGGUACCAAUGUCACAGAAGAAAGAAAUGAAAGCCAAGAUUUUAAAUGAACCAAAUUUGCGUUUACAAGGAUACGAACAACUUAAUUGGAAAAGAAGGAAGAUCUGGAGACACUUCGCGUCUCGUUUGAAGGAAUUCAACACAAAAUUAGAACUUUGGAAAAACUCCUUAAAGCGUAUAGAAGGUCAUUUUGGAACUGGUGUGGUAGCAUAUUUUAUUUUUUUGAAAUAUCUUCUAUUUUUAAAUUUAUUUAUUUUUUUAAUAAUAUUCCUUUUUAUUAUAUUGCCAACACUUCUAGUCAAUUUGAACGAUGAUUCAGAACAGAAUGUGACUGAAACCGACAAUGUCGUGUUGGAUCUCAUUCAAGGUACUGGUUUUAUGGAGCGCAGUAUUCUUUUUUAUGGAUUUUAUUCAAACCAAACCUUUAACUAUACAAUUAAUGAAACAGUGAUGUAUUACAAUUUUCCUCUAGCGUAUGUAUGUAUUGCGGUUCUGUAUUUUGGAGUGUCUUUAAUGUCCAUCGUAAAGUCAGCAGCGAAUGGAUUCAAAGAUAGGGUUAUUGAAGGAGAAGGCCAGUUUUAUCAAUACUGUAACCUGAUUUUUGGUGGGUGGGACUUCUGUAUUCAUAAUGAAAGAUCAGCUGGCAUUAAACAUAAAGCUAUUUUUAAUGAGAUUCGGGCGUGCUUAGAAAUAGAAAGGUUGGUCGAAAUGAAACAAAACAGAACAAAAAAUGAAAAAACGAGAUUAAUUAUUAUUAGAAUAAUUGUAAAUAUAAUAGUAUUAGGCACGCUGGCAGGUUGUGGCUGUGCCAUCUAUUAUGCAUUAAUGUUUUCUAAAGAGAAGCAAAAAACAGCAUUGGAAAACAAUGAAGCAGAUUUUCUUCUUUUCAUAUAUGGAUUUAUACCAUCGAUUACAAUAGUUUGCUCCAACGUUUUAGUGCCAUUUCUUUUAAAAUAUUUGGUAACGUUUGAAAAAUAUAAUCCAACUUUUGUAAUUAGGAUAACAUUAAUGCGAACUGUAUUAUUGCGUUUGGCUUCCAUUUUUACACUGUACGCGUCACUGGUUGAAAUUACUGAAGAUGAUAACAUUACGUGUUGGGAAACUUUUGUUGGGCAACAGAUUUAUAAAUUAGUAUUAACGGAUUUCGCCACUCAUAUCCUUUUAACGUUUUUCAUCAAUUUUCCCAGGGCGUUAGUAGCAAGACAUGUUAAAAAUAGUUUCGUCAGAAUGGUUGGAGAACAGAGCUUUGAUUUACCAAAGCACGUACUCGACGUUGUAUAUUUGCAAACGCUAUGUUGGUUAGGAUGCUUUUACGCACCCUUGCUGUCAGUUAUGUCAUUUGUAAUAUUCUUUUUACUAUUUUACAUCAAAAAGUUCGCCUGCUUAGUCAACAGUCAACCGAGUUCAACUAUAUAUCGUGCGUCACGAUCGAAUUCUAUGUUUAUGAUUGUACUGUUAAUAUCCUUUGUGGCUGCGGUAAUACCGAUGGCAUAUUCAUUUUCAGAAGUGCGACCUUCUCCGAGCUGUGGACCAUUUAGACAUUUGCACUCUGUUUGGUAUGAAGUUGAAUCAACGUUUUAUUCAACUCCGAACUGGGUGCAAGAUAUUAUAAGUUUUUUGACUACCGCAGGUUUCGCAGUACCGGUUUUUCUUAUUCUAUUCUUACUUUUAUAUUACUUUAAAGCGGUUAAUUCGGCUAACAGACAAAUGGUAAUUGUUUUAAAAAAUCAGUUGGUCCUGGAAGGCCAUGACAAACAAUUUUUAUUGGAAAGACUGAGCAAGUUUAUGAAGCAACAACAAGAACAUCAAAAGCGCUUAAGGCAAAUUGAUGUUCUACAAGAUGGUGAUACUAAUAUAUCGAGUAAUUAAUUCCUCAACUUCUGGUCACUUUUAUAAAUAAGAUUUUACAUUUAAGAAACUCAAUGAUACCAUUUUAUGCAUUUAAUGUAGGCAUCUUUUCGUGUGAUGAUUAUUUAUGUUUUUUUUUUCAUUUCCUGUUCCUAUAAGAAGAAUAUUUUACACAACAUAUCUCAUUAAGCAGAACUUUUCCAGGCGGUGAUUAAUUUGAUAAAACCGAACAUGCAUUUCAUUAAACACUUUGUACUCGCGGAUUUUUUAGGUAUUUAAAGUUAAAGUCGAUCUUUUAAAUGUAACUAAAAUGUUUGACUGCAUCAAAUAUUAUUAUUAAUUAAUUUUGUUGAAAUAAUAAUUUAACAAAAGUUAUUCACUAAAAUUUGUAAAAAUACGAUGGUGAUAAAUGCAUUACUGUAAAAUUUGUAAAUAUCUAUAUGUACAUAAAUAAUUUUUGUAAACACCUUUUAAGUACUGUAUUUAACAUCAUUGUAAUCAAACUACUCUGUCGUUUCUAAGUGCAUGUGGACAUAAAUACAUAUGAAGUACUGUAGUAGCGGUCUUAUGUUGGUAAAUUAGCAGUACCUAUACCAUAAUAUAGUAGUCAGUACCAAGUGUUAUAUUGUAACCACUACUUCAUCUAUACUAAUCACAAUAUCAAAUACAGUAUUUGCAAAAUAAAAUAGUGAAAUAUUUGUUUCUUUCACUGUUUGCGUCCAUUUGUUCUUAAAAUCCGCGAUGUGAAUAUUAUAUAUUACAUAUAGAAAUAUAAAAAAUGUACAAAUUAGAAGUAGGUUCAAUUUGGUUUUGAGUUGACAUAUGCAAGAAUUGUUUCAAUACUGUCUUUUCCUUUAUAGUUGAUAGACGCACAAAGCAUAUUUCUGAAAUACUCCUAAUAAUUAAGUUAUGAAGUGUAUACCACUCUGUCACCUCUUGCCAAAUAAACCUGCCAACAGUUUUCACCAUUUUAUACAAGUAUUAUUAUAGUUUAUCUAUGAAACUAGCUAUUUGUGAUGUAAUAGAUAAUUUGAUUAUAGGACCCAACAACACUGUGUUUAUCUAUAGAAGUUAAAUUUAUUUACGAACAGAAGAUUUAAGUACGUGUAUUUUGUAAGUAUACGAGUUUAAAUUGUUAUAAAUUAUGUUCUAGUCUU